AUGGCCACCGCACAAGGGCUUCAAAAGCUAAAGGCCGUGUACCCUUUCCUCCAAGCACCGGUGAUUGUGUCUGCUCCCAUGCGUAUAUUCGCCGGUCCCGAGCUUGCUGUUGCAACAUCUCGCGCCGGUGGCUUGGGAUUCAUCGGGCCUGGUGUCCAUCCGACAGAUUUGGAACCGAAGCUGGAGAAGGUGCACGACCUGCUCAAAGAGACACCUGUUACCGAACAGUCUGAAAUGCUGCCCGUCGGGGUGGGGUUCCAGCUCUUUGACGGCGAUUUGGAGGUGGCCGCCGCCGCCGUGCGAAAAUACAAGCCUAUUGCUGCGUGGCUGUUUGUGCCUGCCAACGGUCAGCACGACAUCGAUCGUUGGGCAUCAAAGCUCCGACGGGAAUCUCCUGGCACACAAAUCUGGCUUCAAAUCGGGUCUCUACCUGAUGCCAUUGUCGCCGCCUCCAGUAAACAUGCCCCCGACGUGAUGGUGGUGCAAGGAAUUGAUGCUGGCGGCCACGGGCUAAAAAAAGGAGCGGGGAUCUUGUCAUUGCUUCCAGAGGUGGCGGAUCAUUUACGACGUAUGGGAUUCGAUAUUCCACUGUUCGGUGCAGGCGGUAUUGCAGAUGGGCGAGGUGUCGCUGCGGUACUGGCUACGGGGGUCGCUGCGGGUGCGGUGAUGGGGACACGGUUUUUGGCCAGCAAAGAAGCCGAGGUCAAGAAAGGUUAUCAAGAAGCAUUGUUGGGAAUGGCCAAUGGGGGCCAUACGACAGUGAGGACGACUCUGUUCGACAGACUUCAGGGUCGAGACGAUUGGCCGGAGCAGUACGACGGUCGAGCAAUGAUCAAUGCCAGCGUUAUGGAAGAUGAGGUGGGUAUGCCUCUGGAAGAAAAUAAAUUACUUUUCGAGGAGGCACUGAAAGGUGGUUUGCCUCGCUGGGGAUUCGAGGGACGAUUGACGGCGUACAUGGGAACUGCUGUAGGUUUGGUGAGGACGGUCGACUCGGCGCAGGAUAUCAUCAACCAGGCAAGGAAUCAGGCGAAAGAAUCUCUCAGGCAGGGGUUGGAAAAUCUGGUAGACUAG